AUGAAAAUUAAUUCUGAGUUGAUUCAAGGGUCCCAUCAUUUCAUCAAUCCAUUGAAUGAGCGCCAACUAGAUUUAAGAGGUAUUUCUACUCCUUACCAUUUUAUAGCCAAGAAAAUAACAGCCAUUGAAAAUUUGGGAGCUACUUUGGUAUCAAGAAUCUUUAUUGUAGGAUUUCUUUGACCACAUUGAUUUGGGGGAUAAUGAUAUCAAAAAACUAGGAAAUCUCACCUUGUUGAAAAGGUAUAGUAAUCAAUUCAUCAUUUCAGAUUAAAAACUCUAAACUUAUCCAAUAACAGGAUCACGAAAUUGACUGAUAUUUCUGACUCGUUGCCAAAUAUUGAAAACUUAAUUCUGAUGAACAAUAGACUUACAGACAUUAAUGAAAUGUAUUCAUUAACAAAUUGCAAAAAGUUAAAGCGCUUGAUUUUGCAUGGUAAUCUCAUAACUCAACAACCUGAUUAUCGCUAUAAAGUUAUAGCCAUUUUACCUAAUCUCAAAGUUUUAGAUUUCAAUAAAGUGACAUUGGCAGUUAAUCCUCUAUUAUUAUGUUUUAGGAACGUUAAAAAGCAAUUGAAUCCUUCAAGCCCGAUGAUUUGACAGAUUACAUGAAUUUAGUCAAUUUGAAGGACGCCACAAUUGACAAAGAUCACAUUAAGAAAUUGCUUGAAAAUGCCAAAACAUUCGAUUAAAUUAAUUAAUUGGAGAUGCUGCUAAAAUAAUAAUAAGUAAAGAAUUUAUCCAUCCUGAAUGAUUAAUGA